AUGUCCCGUGCUGUCGAUAAACUUCCCGCGCCCGCAGAAGAGCGGCCUAUGAAGGUUAUUGGACUUGGUCCAAGCAGAACAGGCACUCUUGGGCUAUGGCAGGCUCUAAAGACAUUGGGCUACAAGCCUUUUCACAUCUCAGAAUUGCUGCCCUAUGGCUUUCAGCAAAUGAGGGCGCUUCAAGAGGCUAUUAUCGCCAAUGAUACGGACAAGCCUUUUGGUCGAGCUGAAUUCGAUAAGCUGUUUGCUGGUUACGACUGUAUUGUUGAGAGCCCCUGCUAUCUGUGCCCCAACAUUGUCACGGAGUAUUUGGAAGAUCCCAACGUCAAGUUCAUCUUGACCGAGCGAACACCAGAGUCUUGGGCCAAGUCCAUUGCUGGAUCUCUAGGUGCAUACCAUGCGAAGCUCGCACAACCGCCUCUGUCAAUUGUCAGAUACUUCGACAGCUUCGUCUGGGAGUUGAGGGCGCUUUUCAAGGCCAUGACACAUAGAUGGUCUGGUGGCCUCGAGCCCAGCGAUCCUGGCUUCAAGGACGCCAUGGCCAAGAGCUACACUGAAUACCUUACAAGCGUCAAGGCUCUUGUGCCGCCCGAGAGAUUGCUUGUAUUGAAUCUCGAGAAGGGAUUCGGUUGGGAGGAAAUUUGCACCUUCCUGGGCCAUGACGUCCCAGAGGAGCCGUAUCCUCGCAUCAACGCGAUGGCUGACUUCCACGUCGCUGCGGAGAUGGUCCUUGCCCCCGCCGUCAAGAAGACCAUGCGCAUCUUUUCAUCCGCUGGAGUCGCUCUGGCUGCUGUCGCCAUAUGGUACUGCCAGCGCAGGAGAUAG